CGGCUUGGAGACGCGAACCGCGACGCGCCUAAAAACUUUCUCAGUGCUCGCUGGUCCGCCUGCUCCGCUUCUCUCAGUACGGCGAUGCGGGUCGCCGUGCGCGUCCCUCCGUACGAUGCCCAGAGCGCCUGACGGAACCGCUCCGCUCCUGCGUGGACUCCCGAGCCGGGCUCCAUCAUGCCUUACUCCGCCAAGCUGCUGCUCCUGAUCCUCUGCCUCGCUGCGCUCGCCGAGGGCGGCAAGCAUAAGAGCAGGAAACGGAGGUGGUCAGCAAACCUGGAAACCCACAAGCACGGAACCCCUCUAUCCAAAAAAGUGGUGGAUGGAACCAAGACACGGAGGGUGAAAACGGACCACUUGCUGCGGGUGGAAGAUCAUGAUUUUACCAUGAGGCCAGCUUUUGCAGGUCCAGCAGUCCCAGUUGGCGUGGAUGUCCAGGUGGAGAGCUUGGACAGCAUCUCAGAAGUGGACAUGGACUUCACCAUGACUCUGUAUCUGAGGCACUACUGGAAGGACGAGCGACUCUCCUUCCCCAGCACCACCAACAAGAGCAUGACUUUUGAUGGCCGUCUGGUGAAGAAGAUCUGGGUCCCUGAUGUGUUCUUUGUCCACUCCAAGCGUUCCUUCAUCCACGACACCACCACUGACAACAUCAUGCUCAGGGUUUAUCCUGAUGGGCAUGUUCUGUACAGCCUCAGGGUGACAGUAACGGCAGCUUGUAACAUGGACUUCAGCCGCUUCCCUCUCGACUCACAGACCUGCACACUGGAGCUGGAGAGCUACGCCUACACAGAUGAGGAUCUAAUGCUGUACUGGAAGAGCGGAGAUAACUCUCUGAGUACCGAUGACAGGAUCUCUCUCUCUCAGUUCCUCAUUCAGAAGUUCCACACCAGCUCCAGACUGGCCUUCUACAGCAGCACCGGUUGGUACAACCGACUGUACAUCAACUUCACCCUGCGACGACACAUCUUCUUCUUCCUGCUGCAAACCUACUUUCCUGCUACUCUGAUGGUCAUGUUGUCCUGGGUGUCCUUCUGGAUUGAUCGCCGGGCUGUCCCUGCUAGAGUCUCCUUAGGUAUCACCACGGUGCUCACCAUGUCCACCAUCAUCACGGGGGUGAAUGCCUCCAUGCCCAGAGUGUCCUACAUCAAAGCCGUUGACAUCUACCUGUGGGUCAGUUUUGUCUUCGUCUUCCUCUCUGUCCUUGAGUAUGCAGCUGUGAAUUAUCUGACCACAGUAAAGGAUGGCAAAGAGCGCAAACUCAGGGAGAAGGCGAGAGAACAGUCUCUGCCUUGUACCUGUGGCCUGUCCCACGGCAGGACUAUGAUCCUGGACGGGACAUACAGCGAGGCUGACAGUAACAGCCUGGCAGGGUACACUCGUGCUCCCAUGGCCACCGAGGAGCCCCCUGAGAAACAGGAGCGCAUGGUGGUCCACCUGUCCCUAGACAAUGAGUCCACGGGAACGAAAAAGAAAGGCCUGCGGGGCUUCCGCAUCAUCCAGAACACUCAUGCCAUCGACACUUACUCUCGCAUGAUCUUCCCUGGGGCCUAUAUCUUCUUCAACCUCAUCUACUGGUCUGUGUACUGCUGAGCUGCCUCACAGCAGGGAACACAGGCCUAGAGAGUGCUGUAAAUCAGGCCGACCCAGUGCAAUUGGAGUGCUUCUGGCUGUAGAUACUAGUGGAAUCUAAAGACUUAAUGCUUUUUGGUGUACAUGAACAAACCAAGUAAGAAACAAGACUGCUGGAAAUAUAAUUGAGCUUUCGAAUCACUGGAUGUACCUCAUCUCAUGAAGGAGUAAUGUAAUAUUUGUGAAAACAUUGUGAAACUUUUGACGUGGCAAUAAGAGAUUUCAGUGCUUGGACCCCUCACAUUGCACCGUAAAGUCUGAAUGGCACUACCACAAGAGACUUUCAAAAAGCUCAAAUCUACCCAGCAGAUUUUCUUUGUGUUAGAGGGCAUGCACCGCUGAGUGGGAUUUACAUCAACUUUUCCUCAGCUUGGCUCAUUUCUCUCCUCAUUUGAAUUCCUGGCUGUGCUGACGUCACGCCUCCACCAUGGCUGAGCUGUAUGUGUUUGGACUCUAAUUGUGAAACUCUGUGCUUUCUGCACUUUCUGGUCUUACUACUGGCCGGUAUUGCUUACUGUGGCAUUCCAAAACCCACGCUAAAUCAUACAGUCCAAGAGGAGAGCAUUACUUUACCUCCAUUCAACUGUACCAGCAUCCAAUGCAUGAGGUGAGGCAGGCUAAUGGGUUUUUAUAAGACAGAUAAGCUACUUAUAUAACUAGUCCUGUGUUUUUUGUCAGUUAUGCUAAUUUAAAAGGCAGACACUCAUCCUCCACUUUAUUAGAAACACCUACCAUGAACUUCCCCUCACAGGCCACUUUAUGAGCUGUAACUCCCGUAGUGUGCAAAAGUCAGAGACCACCCUUCAGGUAUUGUAUUUCCAGUCAAAACAGCUAUUAAGUACAAGGUAUUCAUUUUUAGUAUCAUGAAAGAAAGCAGAAAAUAUAUAUUCGAUAUAAAAUCAUACAAAAGCCUCAACAAUCACACAUAUAUUUUUUCAAGCUUUAGUGUGUCCACCCUUUAUUACAGCUUCCAUUUUUUUCUAGAAACAUGCUUUGGCAGGGAUAUUUUUCCACACCUCCAAAGUUCAGUCUUAGAUGUUGGUUGCACUUUCUGCUUCUCACAAUCCAAGUAAUCCAAACACAUUCAGUGAUGUUGAGAUUUGGACUCUGGGAUGGGCAGUGCACUGUCCAUUUUCUCUAUUUCUUUUGCUCAGUAAUAGCCAUAGGGUUGAGUUGUUUUCUCACAGUGGCAGGAUGGACGCAAAAACCUGUGGAUGAUUUCAGCUCUGAAACAAGAGUGGAGCUUGAUUUUCUCCUCUCUCUCAAAGAUGAAAGCUUUAAGCACUGUUUAUCUGGGACAGUUUUGGUGGUCUAUCAGGUCUUGAAUGGUUGUUAAGAGUCCCAUUCUCUCCAUAUUUCUAUAUCUUAAUCUUUGUUUGACCUCCAGGUUUUUAAAUGUUGCCUUUCCUUGUGCAAGUAGAUUAUCUUAGAUCUAAUUCUCUCAGAAAUAUCUCUUUAAAAAUGAAUAACUUAUACUUAUAGGCCAUUGUUGACUGGAAACUAAAGUAAGGGUGAAAUCUGACUUCUGCUCAGUUCUAUACCUUAUAUGUCAGUUACAGAUUGUAGCCCAUCUGUUGUUAUGCACAUCAUCUAUUUCUCAACAUUGGCCAGUUUCUGACCACAGGACUGCUGUUGACUAGACAUUGGGUGGUGGACCAUUCGUAGCAUAAGCAGUGUGGUAGUGUGUGGUAGGUAUGAGUGUAUCAGACACGAUGGUGUCACUGCUAGACCAACAGUGGUCCUCCACCCAACAAUAUCCAGCCCAAAGGGACUCUGUGCUCCAACACUGACCAACGUUGGCAAGAAUGACUAAUAUGUGCACCAACAUAUAGGCCACAGUCAAGUGUCCACCAGCAAGCUAUGGGUUUCUGAUAAAGUGGCCAGUGAAGGGAUAUUCUUAUAUACAACCUCAAUUCCAAUGAAGUUGGGACGUUGUGGAAAACAUAAAUAAAAACAGAAUACGAUGAUUUGCAAAUCCUU